CAGGAAUGGCUGUUGCAGUAGACAGUUCUCUAUAUUUCGCGGACGGACCUAACAUUCGAAAGGUGGACAACAGAGGAAUAGUCCACACUUUGAUAGGGGAGCAUCACCACAAACGCCGGUGGAGACCUAUACCUUGUUCCGGAACACUCAGUAUGGAAGAAGUACAGCUACGCUGGCCGACAGAAUUAGCCAUUAAUCCAAUAGAUGGCGAUUUAUAUUUUAUUGAUGAUCACAUGGUUUGGAAACUGACCAAAGACAGACGAGUUAUGGUAGUUGCCGGAAAACCAGUCUACUGCAAAACGAAUACAAAAACGAACCAUAAAUCUAGGAUGACCACUGAAACGAAUCUUCGGUCUUUGGUCAGUUUUGCUUUCGGUCCAACUGGUGUCAUGUACAUCGCUGAAGGUGUUAAUCGCAAUGUCCACAGAAUCAGAGUGGUGACCCCGGAUGGAGAAAUUUUACACUUCGCAGGAAAAGACAGAACCUGCCCUUGCGAAUGGCAGAACUGCACGUGCGUGUUUAAAGAAAAUUCUCUGGCUAUGGAGACCAAGCUUUUUGCCGUCUCUUCAUUGACCGUUACGAGUGACAACGUGGUUCACAUUGCUGACCAAGGAAGCUUGCGAAUUUUGUCCGCUGUUCCUUACCUUCCUAUGCACAACGCUAAAGUAGAGUUCAACAUAGCCUACCCGGAUAAGCACGAGGUUUACGUUUUUAACAAGUAUGGUCAGCAUAUAAAGACAGAGAAUAUUCUUACUGGAAAGACAAAGUACACGUUCCUGUACAACGUAAAUACUAGUUUUGGAAAACUCACGGCUGUGGCCGACGCUUCGGGAAACAAAGUUGCGUUUCUGCGUGAUUCUGGUAACAGUCUUCAUACGAUUGAGACAGCCAGAGGGUUAAAGUGCAGCGUCCAGGUAACUAAGAAGGGUCUGUUGGAAACCCUAGUUGACCCUGAUGGGUUGCAGACUUAUUUCGAUUAUGACAGGUCCGGUUUGCUGACCAGUCGGUCUGACGGGGCUGGAAGGACCUUCUUCUACAUUUACGACGAAAAUGGACGCCUUAGUCGGGUAAUUAAACCAAGUGGGCGAAUGACGUCACUAGAGUUCGAUUUAGGUCCAAGAGGUGCAUCAGUGAAGUCAGAAGACUCAGAUGGAUCCAAUCAUGUGAUGGUUACAGUUAAAGGUCAAAAGGUCAUCAAUAAACUAGGUGGCGCUCUCUUCCAGACAACUCUUCAUCAAGAUCGUUCAAUCGAGGUGGAGACUCCUUGGGACCUGGGUGUAAUAUGGGAGACUUCUCCACAUAACGCGUUGCACGAGCUUUUGCCCAUUCAAGCAGGUAUGUUCCCCGUCCUCGUGAGACAGAGUACAUUCUGGGGGAUGCAGCUCCCCAAAACCCUGGAAUGGCAGUACGACGUCAAGUACGACAGAAGAGACAGAGAAGACCCACAGAAUCACGUGACAGCUAUAACUGCUGUGAAAAGAAUACUUUUGGUGAACGGGAUUCAGUUUCUUACCAUGGAGUACGACUGGGAAGCUGGAAGGGAAAUCGUCUACAACAGCUCCAGACGUCCCUUCCUGAUGGUACAGUACGACAGCUCUUCCAGGCCAGUCAAAUGGCUACCAACCGACACCAGGCGGGCACUGCUGGUCAGCUAUGACCGCCUGGGUCGCUUGUCGGGCUGGAGGCAGGAUCCUCUCGAAGAAAAGUAUGAAUACGAUCGCAUGGGCCAUCUGGCGGAGAUAACUUACACCAACCACAACGUGCUGAGAUACAUUUACGACGGCCAAACGAGGCCUGAAAAAGUAAUACUUCCAAGUGGCCGGACUUUCAUCUACCGGUACGACCAAAGUGGAGGCCUAAAACAGAUCAUAACUCCAAAAGAAAGCUUUCAUUCCUUCUCUGCCCAUACUUCUAUAGGGUUUUAUAAGUUGUUUUAUACUCCUCCGGGAAAUAACGGAAAAUUUGUUGUACAUUUCAAUGACUUGCAGCUUCCAGUACUUGUCAUCUAUCCUGGAGACAAGGGACGAGUAGCCUAUCGUUAUAAUAACCAAUCGCUCCUGACAACGGUGAUUUUCGGAGGAGGAAAGAUAGAGAAGAACUACUCUGCUUCUAGCUUUGUUGAAUCAGAAACGUGGUCCACGGAUUACGUUGUAGUGAAGAAUGAAUACGUCUACGAAGGUGCUUUACUUCUGCAGUUCAGACACGUCUACAGCUGCAACUUUAGUUUGAACAGUACUAUCUUCUACUAUGAGUAUGAUAACGAUUUUCGGUUAAAACGAAUAUCUGCCCGAGUAGGUAACCUGCAGAUACCAACAGUAGAGUUCGUCUUCAGUACCAUAACGGGAUCUUUUAAACAGGUUGGUGGUUUCAAGAUUUCUCAAGCUAAUGGGAACAAGACCGUCAUCUCAGAUGGCAUAGCUUCGUUUUCCCGUGAAGUAGAUGCAUUAUAUAGAGUGCGCCAUAUGUCCUUGUUAAUGGCUAAUAAGGAAGUAUAUAAAAUGGUUUUACAUUAUAAUGAAAGGGGUUUGGUGAGUCAGGCUAGGUAUUUUAUCAAGCAGUCAGAACAUUUGUUUAAGCAGAAGAUUCUGAAUUACUCUUACGACAGUGAUGGUCAGUUACAGGAGGUCAACAGUGAUGAAGACUGGAGGUUUGCCUAUGACAGUAAUGGUAACCUAAUAACCAUAAGUUAUAACCGUAUUCGUAUUGACAUUCUUCACGAUGCAGGAGACAGGAUCAUUAGUUUUGGUGAAACUUCUUAUGUAGUGGAUGGCCGUGGCUUCAUCAUCAAGAGAGGUGAAGAACAGUUCUCGUUCAACUCUAAAGGUCAACUUCUGAGAAUCCAUAGGUUACUGAGGUUCUACGUAGACUACUAUUAUGACGCUAAAGGAAGAUUAACAGUCCGAAAGGACAGCUUCGGGAACACUACCCAGUUCUUUUAUACGAACCUGCAGCGUGUGCACUUGCCCACACACGUCUACAACAACAACGACGGAAGAAUCAUUUCUAUCCUAUACGAUGACAGAAACUCUCCAGUGUACGUGACCCUUAACGACCAGAAAUUUUACGUGGCAACAGAUCACAUGGGAAGUCCUCUGGCUGUUUAUGAUUCAAAAGGUGAAGUCCUCAAGGAAAUCCACAGAAGUCCAUACGGAUCAGUCUUGAUUGACACCAACCCAGUUUUCUACCUUCCAAUAGACUUCCAAGGUGGUAUCAGGGAUCCUAUAACGGGAUUGAUUCAUUUUGGAGAUCGUAUCUACGACCCACUGGCAGCAAUUUGGAUUACUCCAGAUUGGAAGGGCGUCAUUCAAAGAGCCAGGGAUCCAUUGAGCCUAAAUCUUUACGCAUUCAAUAAAAAUGAUCCAGUUAACAUUCCAAGAAAUCUCCCAAGUAAACUGGAUUUAAAAGGCUGGGUUAAACAUCAAGGACUCGACUUCGAUCAUCUUGGACUAGGAUCCAGCAAGGUGUUUUCUUCAGUCUACCAGUCGUAUCUUCCCCCAUUGAAUCUGGACUUUCCGUCAGUGUCCUUGGUGUCCGGCUACAUCUGUUCCAUUAAGAAGCGGCUAGAGAGCUUCGACACCUUAUCCAGUGUGGAGAAAUCUAAAGUUAAGCGCGAACAGCUGUUCGAAUCUGUUUCACCUAAGUUUAGUAUGGAGAGUGUGCCCUUUGGAAGAGGAAUAAUUCUUUCCAGAAUACACGGGAAAGCUAUCGUUAGGUCUGUUAAAGAAGCGGAUCCCAUUCGACGCAAUGUCUUCACUUCAGUUUUUAACGGAUCGUAUCUUCUCGACCUCCACUUAUUCAUGCACAAUAUGGACGUGUUUUACUUCGUCAAGGAUAGCACGUGGCGAGUUAGUGACGACUUGAACCAGCUUCAGCGCUUGGGAACCUCUAUUAACACUACUGUCUUCGACGGUAAGACAGAGGGAUCACAUGCAGAUAUCCGUGUUCAUACGCAGCAUGCAAUCAUCAACAUCCGGUAUGGCACCACGCCAAGCAAAGAACGACGUCGACUGUUACGUCAUGCCAAGAAACAUGCUGUUGGCCAACGUUGGGCACAAGAACGUGACAUGAUAACCGUGAAUCAAGAGAGCUCCCAACGCUGGACCGAGAAGGAAAAGGAACACAUUGUAAAUUCCGGAUCAGUCCCUGGUUACCGUGGAGAUUACUUUCAUGAUGUUGAGCUGUAUCCAGAGCUUGCAGAGGAUCCUUCAAAUAUUCGUUUCUACGAGCAAAGCACGAGGUGACGUCUCAAGUGAUUUGUCUGUAGUGUGUGUGGUAAGGAACGAAGUUCAAAGCAUUGUCCGAAUAUUGACUAAACUGUGCCACAAAAAUUGAGAUAGUUGUAUCCCAGUAGCCAUGGGUUCAGUUCUAAGCUCGUGCCUGGAGACCUUGACUUAUAAUGAUCUUGUACAAAAGUGGUGAAUAUAUUGGGCCUGUUUUUUUUAUUCCAACCCACCUCGAAUAUAGUUAAUUAAAUUUAAUAAAUAAGAGAAAAUAAAAAUAAAAAACGAGCGGAAGUUGGGCUAAUGAACAGUAUGAAUAAAAAAAUUAAUUUAGAGCAAGUAUACAGAUUUUGUCCGAAGUCCAAGUGGGUCAUUUUAACCUGAAGUCCAAAUGUUGAAGAUGUCCUUUAGGCUGAAUCAGCUGAACCUGGUGUUCAGAGACUGAAAAUGUCCUUUAGAUUCAGAAAUACCAUUAGAUUCUUUGAUAUCUAGUCAUUGGAUCGACACUAUAUAUAUAUAUUAGAUAGUGAUUGGAUCCACACAUAUUAGGUUGUAUACAUCCAUACACUCACAUGGAUACACCACAUCUAAUUUGUUAGUUUUGAAAUAUUAUUUAUAAUAGUAAACCUUCAGUACUAAACCAGGUUACGUACAAGUUUGAAUGGUGGUAAACGUUUGAGAAAAUUUGCUUUAAAAAUUUUACAAUUUUCGGGAAAUUAUGCUAUUAUGUUGUCUUUAUUAAUAUCCUUUUAUUUAAUCUCA